AAAGUCAGGAAUAGGAAGCCGCAGUUGAGAGAGAGCAGGAGAGAGUACCGUACACUAUUUCUGAAACUCUGAAAUCCCAAAUCAAAUCCAAUCUUCUCUCAGAUUUCUCUCUUCAAAAUAUUAAAAAAAAAACUAAAGCUGUCAGAACAGUAUCCACAGAAAAAGCCAUAAAGAUUAAAGACUCUGGUCUAGUCUAGUGUGGCGAACCAUGAACUCGAUCUCUCUCCCAAAUUCUCAACUCCUCACGCCAUGGCCUAACUCACGUCUUCUCCAUUAUCCCAAUCACUUUCCUUCUUCUUCUUCUUCUUCUUCUAUCUUUCCCUCUUACACUCACACACCACCUUCGUCUCUCGCUACCGCUUCUCUCUCCAAACGACGCCGUUUCCAUUUCUCCGCCGGCGGCGGCAGGCUUGUCGUCUCCGCUUUGUCCGGCGUCGGCGUUACCAACUCUAUCCCGCCUAGAGGCGGAACAUAUACCGUUGGUGAUUUUAUGACAAAGAAGGAGGAACUACAUGUUGUAAAACCUACAACUACUGUUGAAGAAGCUUUGGACGCUCUUGUAGAGAAGAGAAUAACUGGUUUUCCUGUUAUUGAUGAUCAAUGGAAAUUGGUUGGUGUCGUUUCAGACUAUGACCUGUUAGCACUUGACUCGAUAUCAGGUGGCAAUCAAAGUGACACAAAUUUGUUUCCUGAUGUCGACAGUUCAUGGAAAACAUUCAACGAGAUACAGAAAUUGAUUGGUAAGAAUAAUGGUAAGGUUGUCGGGGACUUGAUGACUCCUGCUCCACUUGUUGUUCGUGAAUCCACCAAUCUGGAAGAUGCUGCUAGGUUGUUGCUUGAAACAAAAUACCGUCGAUUGCCUGUAGUAGAUGGUGAUGGUAAACUGGUUGGAAUCAUAACAAGGGGAAAUGUUGUUAGAGCUGCGCUUCAGAUAAAACGUGCCAGUGAGAAGUCAACAUAGUUGAGCAUGAUUUUGGUGGAAUUGCUCUGCUGAUAGAAUGCGAGUCUGAAUAGUUGCCAUAAUUCAUAGAUGCGAAAGAUAUGUAACCUUUGAAUCACAUUGAUGCAACAAUCUUUUGGCAUCGCAGUUGUGCAGUCUCUUGCUCCAGGGUUGUUUGUUGAGCCAACAAUAUCAUUUGGAGGAAGGUGUAUAAUUGCUGUCCUAGUUAUCUUCUUGGCCAUUAUUUUAGAGGUAAGUGAUUGAUUGAUUCCCGUCCCUAGGCCUUUUUAUUAUGCAGUGGUUUAUAGCAAGCUCGCGCUAGUCAUCUUCAGUUAAUGUCCUUUUUAAGUUUGGUUAAAUUGCGAAAUAUUGGUUAGGAGCAGAGUUGAUUUGGUGCAGUGUAAGCUGACUUUUAUAUUGUAAUCUGCAGUGUGUUACAAUUUACAUUUAUGAAAGUAUAUAUAUAUUUGUUAUA